UUAUUUAAUAAUUAAAACGUAAUUUAAGUUCAUUCUUGUUUAUUAAUUAGACAAAUAUUUAAAUAAACAUUAAAAAUGAGUGCGGAAUCAUCGUUAACACAAGAAAAACCAAAAUCAGCGGCUCAAAAAAACCUAGAUAGACUAAAACGACUUUCUAACCUAAAAAAAUUAGUAAAUGAUGCACGAAAAGAUAAUCAUCAAGAAGUUCUCGCCGAAGAUGCUAGAAAUAAACUCCCCGCAAACUUUGAAAGUCGAAAACGACAAGCCGAGUGGUUACUAAACGAUCAAAAAGCAAGAUCAGAGGCGCAAUCGAAAGGUUUAGAUUACGAUAGGGUGAAAUUGCUGAGUGUUUCAGCUUUGGAAGCGGAAAGUUUGGAGCGUAAGAAGAAAAAGAAGAAUCCUGAUAAAGGGUUUUCCGAUUUUGAGGCUGCCACUGAGAGACAAUAUAAACGAUUGGUUAAAAAUAUGGCUCCAAAAGACAUGGAGAGAUAUGAAGCUGAAAAAGAACGAUACGGAGAUUUGUUUUAUGGGGGUCCAAAUGUAAUUAUCCAUGGAAUGCAUGAAGAUCGAACCGAUGCUAUCGAUAAUAUGGUUAAAGACCUCGAGGAUCAAAUUUCGAAGAGAGAUAAAUAUAGCAGGAGAAGAACUCAUAACGACGACGCCGAUAUUGAUUAUAUCAAUGAGAGAAAUGCUAAGUUUAAUAAGAAAUUGGAUCGGUUUUAUGGGGAACACACAGCGGAGAUAAAACAGAAUUUAGAGAGGGGAACCGCUGUUUAAUUGGAAUAAAACGAUUCUUUAUAUUAAAAUAAGCUUUUAUUUUUCUUUUUAAUUUAACAUAAAUAAAUCUAAAAUAAGAUAAACAGU